AUGAGUGCGGUGAGGCCGGCUCCGAUUAGUGAAGACCAACCAGAGAAAGCUGUUCUAACAGUAAUAGAAAACAUUGAAGACCUUAGAGACAAACGCUCAAAUUACGGAUAUCCUUACGUGAGCCCUUGCGCUGCUGCCUCGUCUCCAGUACCGUCCAUCGCUCCACCUGUAUCCUAUCAACUCAACUUGGAUCCCGUACAACAAUACAUGCGUCCCUACACAUACGGAUAUAAUUAUCAUUAUCCUCAUUACCGUUCAGUGGAUCAAAAUGAAAAUGAGCUGCUCAGCUUCUCAGAUGUAGACCACGUAAACUCGGACAGUGCACCUCUGGGAACUGAAGGACUGCCUGCUUAUUAUCCCGAAGAACCUAGAAUAGCAGUUAUAAAUCCUCAAGUUGCCCCAGCACAAUCCUUUGCGUCUUUUGGGGUGUUUCCUUAUAUCAAUCCUAGUGCUCUAAAUGUGCCUUUUGUAUUAAGCUGUUCACCAUCAAUAGUGCAAGGUCAGAUGGUUCAGGCGCAACCGCAAUACUACACUGGAUAUCGUGCUCCAGACAUACACAGGAACGUCGAUUUACAGAAAUUGUAUGAAGCUCCAGGUCACGUACAAAUGGCGCAAGAUUUGGCAACUUCUCAGAAACCUAAUGAAAUUCCCUCUAAAUCCCUGUGA